UAAUUUAUUUUCACACGCCAUUUUACAAUAAAAUUUGCAUCGCGCUGACGCUUUAUUGAACUGUUAAAAACGUUUUGUGUGCAGCGAGUAUAAACUCCUGCAAAUCUAUCGACCGAAAAGAAACCGUUACCAGCUUUUAUUUGUCAUGGAUCGUGGCGGUUAUGGUGGUGGUGCCGGACAGGGAUAUAAUAAUUUCGCUGUCCCGCCGCCGAACUACCAACACUUGCCAAAUAAAACUGGCAACUACAACGAGCCACCUCCGAAUUACGGCAAACAAGGCGGUGGUUAUGAUUCCGGUCAUCGUGGUUCUGGUGGAAGCGGUGGUGGUGGCGGUUCCUGGAACGACAGAGGAGGCAAUUCCUAUGGAAAUGGAGGCGCCAGCAAGGACAGCUACAACAAAGGACCCGGAGGAUACUCGGGCGGCGGUGGAGGAGGCGGCGGUGGCUCCGGUGGCGGCGACAUGAUCACCCAAGAGGACACCAUCUUCGUCUCCGGCAUGGAUCCAUCCACCACAGAGCAGGAUAUUGAGACUCACUUUGGAGCUAUUGGAAUUAUCAAGAAGGACAAGCGUACCAUGAAGCCAAAGAUUUGGCUGUACAAGAACAAGGAGACCGGUGCAUCGAAGGGAGAGGCCACUGUCACCUACGACGACACAAAUGCCGCACAGUCGGCCAUCGAGUGGUUCGAUGGACGCGAUUUUAACGGAAAUGCGAUCAAGGUGUCGCUGGCUCAGCGCCAAAAUAACUGGAACAAGGGCGGCGGCGGUCGCGGAGGAUUCGGUGGUCGUCGUGGCGGAGGAGGCGGCGGUGGUGGUGGCGGCGGCGGCGGUGGCGGAGGACGCUUUGAUCGCGGAGGCGGUGGCGGCGGCAAUGGAGGUGGUGGUGGCCGUUUCGAUCGCGGAGGUGGCGGUGGAGGCGGCGGCGGAGGUGCCGGAGGUGGUGGCAACGUGCAGCCACGUGACGGCGACUGGAAGUGCAACAGCUGCAACAACACUAACUUUGCCUGGCGCAACGAAUGCAAUCGCUGCAAGACUCCCAAGGGCGACGAUGAGGGAUCGAGCGGCGGCGGCGGAGGUGGCGGUGGCUACGGCGGCGGUGGUGGCGGCGGAGGCUAUGACCGCGGAAACGAUCGCGGAUCCGGCGGCGGUGGCUACCAGAACCGGGAUCGUGGAGGCAACUCGCAGGGAGGCGGCGGUGGCGGCUACUCGCGCUUCAAUGACAACGGCGGAGGAGGCGGCGGUGGACGCGGUGGCCGAGGGGGUGGCGGCGGAAAUCGCCGCGAGGGAGGGCCGAUGCGAAAUGAUGGCGGCAUGCGUUCUCGACCGUACUAAAAAACGCAUGCAACCCCCUCCCUCCCCCGAAAGCACCUAAUUUUUUCACAUUUACGUAUUAAUUGUAGCAAGUACUCUUUUAAAUGUACUUUUAAAUUAACCAGUCGAGAGCUAAACAUAAAUAACAGCACACUUUUAUUUCAACCGGAUUUUAGGCCAACACAGACACGGUUAUCGCUCGUUUUGACUGAACUCUUAUAUAUUAUAUAAUCUAAUUUAACGAAUGUAAUGUAACAUGGUACAUACAAAUAAAAUAUAUAUAUAUAUAU